AUGGAUAUUUCUACACAGCUACAGUUGCUACAAAUGCAAGUUUUACCAAAUUUUGGUAAGUUUAUUUUCAAAGAUUUCAAAUAUCAAUUAUAAAUUUUCUUUACCAGAUUUUCAAAAUGAAUUAUGGAAUGCUAUCAAAGUUUUGAAUGAAUCUCAAAAAACAGUUAACAGUCAAUUUUCAAUUGAUAAUUUGUUAAAAGAAGAACCAAAGGUAAACAUCCUGCUUCUAUGCAACAAUUUUCUAAAUACCAACAAAUUUUCAGAUUCAAUUACCAGCUUCUUCAACAUCUCCAUCUUCUUCAAUUUCAUCAUCUUCUUAUACUUUAGAAUCUCUACAAAAUAUGGAUCGAAGAAGUUUGAAUAAAAAACAUUCGACAAAUCGAUGUGUUUGUGAUAUUUGUGGAAAAUCAUAUGCAACUUCGAGUAAUUUGAGUCGACAUAAACAGGUUUGAAAAACAACAACAAAAUAUGAAUUAAAAAUAAAUGCGGAAUAUUUUGCAGACACAUCGAUCACUUGAUAGUCCACACGCAAAACAAUGUCCACAUUGUGAUCGAGUUUAUGUUAGUAUGCCAGCUUUGAGGUAAGAAAUGGGUUACUGUAGAUUAUCAUGAGCUACAGUAAUUUCAAUAGUUUAAAUUCGGUGAUUUUUUUCUCAAAACAAAUUUCGAAAAUAAUACGCUUUAGAUUUUGAACACAGUAUUCAGAGUCAAAAUAGUUACACGAAAUUGGAUUCUCAGAAAAAAUGUUUCAAAUUAAAAAUUGUUCCCCUCAAUCUGAAACUAAUCCUUAUUUGACCUUUUAAGUCGUUGGUGAUGAGCCCAUGUUCUUCUUCUUAUUAUAUAAUUUAUGAGCUAUUUGAACAUACAGGUGACAAUUGCGCAAUAUUUCAAAUAUAUUAGAAGACAGGUGUGUCUUCUUUUCUUAUGAUAUUAGGCAAAUAAAUAAUUGUUAUUAAAAUCGGCUGGCAAUUAAUAAAAUACAACUUAUUUUACAGUAUGCACAUUCUAACACAUAAUGCAGCUCAUGAAUGUGAAAUUUGUGGAAAAAGAUUUUCACGUCUUUGGUUACUUCAAGGACAUCUUCGAUCACAUUCUGGAAUUCGACCAUUUUCUUGUGCACAUUGUGGAAAAAAUUUUGCCGAUCGAAGUAAUCUUCGAGCUCACAUUUUAACACAUACUGGUUAGUUAUAAUUAGAAAAAAUACCAUGAUAAUAUAAAAAGUUUAGGUGAUAAAAAAUUUGGAUGUGAAAAAUGUGGCCGUCGUUUCGCUCUUCGUGCUUAUCUUACUCGACACAUCUAA